GCUCCCUUCCUGCUCCCUCCCAGGCGCUUCCUGCUCCCUUCCUGCUCCCUCCCAGGCGCUUCCUGCUCCCUUCCUGCUCCCUUCCAGGCGCUUCCUGCUCACUUCCUGCUCCCUCCCAGGUACUUCCUGCUGGCACGCACAGACCCGGACCCAUCGGCCCCAGCCAGCAAAGCCUUCACGGGGUUCGUGGUGGACGCCGACAGCCCCGGGAUCCACGUGGGGCGGAAGGAGCUGAACAUGGGGCAGCGCUGCUCGGACACGAGGGGCAUCGUCUUCGAGGACGUGAGGAUCCCCAAGGAAAACGUGCUGCUGGCCGAAGGCGCCGGCUUCAAGAUCGCCAUGGGAGCCUUCGACAAAACCCGGCCGCCUGUGGCGGCCGGUGCCGUGGGUUUGGCCAGGAGGGCGCUGGAUGAGGCCACCAGGUACGCGCUGGAGAGGAAGACCUUUGGGAAGCCCAUCGUGGAGCACCAGGCCGUGUCCUUCCUGCUGGCGGAGAUGGCCAUGAAGGUGGAGCUGGCCCGCCUGGCCUACCAACGUGCAGCCUGGGAGGCGGAUGCCGGACGCCGCAAUACCUUUUUUGCCUCCAUCGCCAAAGCCUUCGCUGCAGACGUGGCCAACCAGGCGGCUGCUGACGCCGUGCAGAUCUUUGGAGGCAGCGGCUUCAACAGCGAAUACCCCGUGGAGAAGCUGAUGAGGGAUGCCAAGAUCUACCAGAUCUACGAGGGCACCGCUCAGAUUCAACGCCUCAUCAUUGCCCGGGAGCACCUCAGCAAAUUCAAGGCACACGUUUAGGUUCAAAUCCCCAUUUUCUGCCGUUUUGGGCUUCGCUUCUUUGUUCUGUGGCAGCGCGUUGGGGCCCUGCUCAGCCAACGCAAAAUGGGCAGAAAAGGGACUUUUACCCCAAAAUCUCUUCCACAGUGGCUGAGUGCUGCUUUCCUCCUCCCCCCCACCUUCCAGAACCCCCAAAUUUUUGCUUUUUUCUGCUCUUGUUUUCACUGAAGUGGCCCCAAUUUGGGGCAGAAGUGAUGAGGGUGGCACAGGUGGGGCGAAAUGAUCGUUUGUUUUUAAUUGGAGCGAUGGAAAAUGACCCCAAACGGCGCUGAUUUGAGGGGGUGGGGGGGGCAGCCCCCCAUUAAUUUAUCUCAGGGAAGAAUAAAAUUAAUGAACUCGUU